AUGUCCAUCCACCUCACGCCCACCCACGCCUCAGCCCUGCCCUCCGACCUCCGAAACAGCAUCUACAGCGCCCUCCUCUCUUCAGGCGGCAUCCGCAACAUCGAAGCCACACUAACCCAGCUGCUGCAAACCUCUGGCUUCCAAGCCUCGCUGCGCGCCUACAUCACAGAGCUGUUUCGCACGGGCCAGGCCACCACGGCCAAUGAGGCGUAUGCCCUGGCCAUGGAGAGGGUGAGGGAGUCCAUGGCCGAGGGCGAGAGCGAGGGAGAGGGGAGCAAGGCGAGUGCGGUGAAUGGAGGUGCGUACGGGAACGGCGAGGACGAGGCGACCGAGACGCUGCAUCUCAGGUUACCAAGGGACGUCGUCAGGGAUGGCACGAGGUGCGUCAGGAGAGAGUUGGAAAAGGUCGUUCAGAUUGACGUGGAAUGA